CAGUGUGCGGAGCAAGCCUCGCUUCUCUUCCUCCUCUCCCUCUUCAUCUUCCUCCUCCUGGUGGCUCAGCUGCUUCUCUUCCUCCCUCCGCAGUCCGGAAGCUUCUUCUUCUUCCUCAUCUUUUUCUUCUUUUCCUCUUUUUUCCCGUCCUGCGUCCCGCAGCCCCACUUUGGAUUGCUUUCCUUUUUCUUUUCCUGCUUUUUUCCCCGUUACUUUCCAUCUUUUCCUUCUUUUUGGCGCACUGAGGACAAGGCGGCGGCAGCGGGUGUCGGCGUGUGUGCGUGCGCGUGCGUGCACGCGGCCAUGGAUCCACGCAUGGUGCUGGUGGUGCGUGCGUGCUUGUUGCUGCUCCACGGACGAGCGCUGCACGCCGACUCCAUCAUUCAUAUUGGUGCAAUCUUUGAGGAGAAUGCAGUCCGGGACGAUGAAGUGUUCCAGCUGGCUGUGUCAGACCUCAGUUUGAGUGAUGAUGUCCUACAAAGUGAGAAGAUCACACACUCUAUCAAACUUAUCGAACCCAACAAUCCUUUCCAAGCAGUUCAAGAAGCAUGCGAGCUGAUGAACCAGGGAAUCCUAGCGCUCGUGACGUCGACCGGCUGUGCUUCAGCCAGCGCGCUGCAGUCGCUGACCGACGCCAUGCACAUCCCGCACUUGUACAUCCAGAGGAACGGUGGAGGCUCGCCUAGGACCGCCUGCCAGCUCAACCCCAGCCCCGGCGGUCGCGGGUACACAUUAGCUGCCCGUCCGCCUGUGCGCCUCAAUGACGUCAUGUUGACACUGGUUGAAGAGUUGCGCUGGCAGAAGUUCAUCGUAUUCUACGACAUUGAGUAUGACAUGCGGGGCCUUCAGGGCUUUCUGGACAGGUCAUGUCGAGAAGGUCUGGAUGUUUCUCUACAACGUGUGGACAAGAACAUCAGCCAGGUGUUCAGCGAUCUGUUCACUUCCAUGCGGACGGAGGAGCUCAACCGAUACCGGGACACGCUGCGCCGAGCCAUCCUGCUGCUCAGCCCGCACGCCGCGCACACCUUCAUACAGCAGGCGGUCGAAACCAAUCUGGCCUCCAAGGACAGUCACUGGGUGUUUGUUAACGAGGAAAUCAGCGACACGGAGAUUCUGGAGCUUACCCACAGCGCCUUGGGGCGCAUGACGGUCGUUCGGCAGAUUUUCCCACUGUGGAAGGACAGCGGCGCACGAUGUGUGAGACACAAUCACCGGAUUUCUUCGCUGCUGUGCGACCCGCAGGAAGGAUACCUGCACAACCUGGAGGUAUCGAACCUGUAUCUGUACGACAGUGUGCUGAUGCUGGCCAAUGCCUUCUACAGGAAGUUGGAGGACAGGAAGUGGCACAGCAUGGCCAGUCUCAACUGUAUCAGGAAGUCUACCAAGCCCUGGAAUGGAGGCUGGUCCAUGCUGGAGACCAUCCAGAAGGGCAACAUCACGGGACUAACGGGCCUCAUGGAUUUCAAAGAUGGUGGUGCCAACUCUCACGUCCACUUCGAGAUUCUCGGGUCCAGUUUCAGCGAGACUUUUGGCAAGGACGUCAAAAGGUUGGCCACGUGGGACGCGGUGCACGGCCUGAACGGGAGCCUGAAGGAGAGUCGCAUCGAGAGCGGCAUGCAAGGAGUCACCGUCAAAGUGGUCACAUUGCUGGAGGACCCCUUCGUCAUGGUAGCUGAAAAUAUACUGGGCCAGCCCAAAAGGUACAAAGGCUUCUCCAUUGAUGUGCUGGAGGCCCUUGCCAAGAUCCUGGGCUUCAAAUAUGACAUCUACCAGGUGUCCGACAGCAAAUAUGGAUCGCAGCUUCCCAACGGCUCCUGGAACGGGAUGAUCGGUGACCUCAUCAACAAGAAAGCCGACCUUGCUGUGUCUGCUAUCACCAUCACGCCGGAACGCGAGAACGUAGUGGACUUCAGCAAGCGUUACCUGGAUUACAGUGUGGGAAUACUGCUGAGGAAGCCGGAAGAGAAGAUCAACAUCUUUUCGCUCUUUGUGCCUUUCGACUUGGCUGUGUGGGCCUGCAUUGCCGCCGCUAUCCCAGUGGUGGGCGUCCUCAUCUUUCUGCUCAACCGGCUGCAGGCGCUGCGCUCGUCGGCUGCGCAGAACGCACCGCCGGGCCAGCCCAACAACAAUGGUUCCGGUUCCCUACAAACCGCCAUUUGGAUUGUCUACGGAGCUUUUGUACAGCAAGGUGGUGACGGAGUGGUAAGCUCAGUGGCCCUGAGGAUCGUCAUGGGCAGCUGGUGGCUCUUCACACUCAUCGUGUGCUCGUCAUACACGGCCAACCUGGCAGCGUACCUCACCGUGUCCCGUAUGGACCACGCCAUAAGGUCCUUUCAGGACCUGUCCCGGCAGAUGGACGUGGAUUACGGCACAGUGAGAGACUCUGCCGUGUACGACUACUUCAGGAACAAAGGCACAAAUCCUCUGGAGCAGGACGGCACGUACGCAGAGCUGUGGAGGACCGUCAGCAAGAACAGCGGCUUGGACUACUCCGUGUCCAGCCCCUCGGAGGGGAUACGCAAGGCUAAGAAGAGUCCGUACGCCUUUCUGUGGGACAUGGCGGUUCUGGAGUACGCGGCGCUUACGGACGACGACUGCACCAUCACCGUGUCCGGCAGCGGCGUCAGCAGCAAAGGUUACGGCAUCGCCAUGCAGCACGGGAGCCCCUACAGGGACCUCUUCUCGCAAAAGAUUCUGGAGCUUCAGGAGAAGGGCGACCUGGACAUCCUGAAGCAGAAGUGGUGGCCGCGCACGGGCCGCUGCGACCUCAGCAGCCACGCAAGCGCGCACCCGGAUGGUCGCUCGCUAAAGCUGCACAGCUUCGCCGGCGUCUUCUGCAUCCUGGCUGCCGGGCUGCUGCUUGCCUGCCUGGUGGCAGGGCUGGAAGCCUGGUGGAGCAGCAACCGGUGCCGGCGCGAGACGCCCAAAGAGGUCGCUAAGGAUUACAGGCUGGCUUUGGUUUCGGGUCCGUUGACUUAUAAUGACUUUGCUACGUCCGAGGGGAGGAGGGACAUUUGGACAGACAGAGGGAGAGGCUGGCAGGAAGCACAUACCAUUGCCACAGGACAAGGAGGUGAACCUGGAGCAGGUGCAUCGGCGUAUGAACAGUCUUUUGGACGAGGACUUGGUCCACAAGCAGAUCCCCGGCCCCUCUAUCGAGAUCUCUGCGCUGGACAUCGGCAGCAUGCAGCCCACCCAGGCGGGUCUGAUGGCCCCGGGCCUCGCUGUGACCACCUUCCUGCCCAGGGAGGGGGCGGCGCCACCGCCGCCUCAUCUGAGCCACCCGCACCUUGGGGGGACCCUAGGCAGGACGCUGCCGCCGCCACAGCUCUCUGGCAGCACCACGCUGCCACCCCACCUCGCGGGCACCAUGCAGUGCAAGCACAGGGCACCCAACGGGGGGCUCUUCCGGCAGAGCCCUGGCAAGGUGCCUCUCUACCAGGCAGGACCCUUAACCGCAGCCAUUGACGCCACCCACAGCACCUCCAUUUAGGCCCGACGGGCUUUUGGAGUCACCCUAAAGAAAGGAAGAUUUUUUUAAAAUCCGGCACUCUUGACUUGACUUUUCUGCUGUACAUUGUUGUAAAUAACAAAAAGAACCAAGUGAGCUUAAAAUGUAUUUUGAAUAUUCUCCAUUUUUGAAGUUGAGUUCUAAAAAACACAACAAAACAGAUAAAAAUGGAUUAUAUAUAAUAUAAAGUAUAUACGUAUAUACAUGACGCAACAUGUUUUCGUAAAGUUGAGUUGAAAAUGAGACAGUUAGGCGAAAUUCAUCGUGAUUAUUUUCCAUGUGCCCAAAAAAAGCAACGUCGCUCACAGUUUUUAAUCUCAGUC